AUGCAGCGAGAUCUAGGACAGGGCCGUCUGCGCACGAACGGAGAUCAUGCCAACGGUGCCCAUACAGAAGCGAAUGGCCACGGUAAUGGAUCGAGGGACCUGCCCCUGGAGUUAGACGCACUUGUCGUCGGUGCCGGCUUCGCUGGCUGCUACCUGCUCCAUCGCCUUCGUCAAGAGGGUUUCAGCGUGAAGAUCGUGGAAGCUGGCACUGGCCUCGGUGGCAUCUGGCAUUGGAACAGCUACCCUGGCGCACGAGUGGACUCACAGUACCCCAUCUAUCAGUACUCACUGCCAGAGGUCUAUCGGGGCUGGACCUGGAGCCAGGAAUACCCGGAUCAUGUGGAACUGAGGAGAUACUUUGACCAUGUGGAUGAGAUUCUGGACAUCAAGAAAGAUGUCAUAUUUCAGACUAAAGUCGUUGGGGCAAAGUUUGAUGAGACUGCUGAUAGGUGGUUGAUCGAAUGUGACACUGGCAGGCAGAUAUCAUGUCGUUUCUUCUUGUGCUGCACAGGCUUUGCAGCAAAGCGCCACUUUCCAGACUGGCCCGGGUUGGAGGAAUUCCAAGGGACGAUAUGUCACUCCUCUUUCUGGCCAUCCGAGGGUAUGGACGUCAAGGGCAAGCGGGUAGCCGUGGUCGGUACAGGUGCGACCGGCAUUCAGAUAGCCCAGACAACGGCAAGAGAUGCAGCUCAGCUCACAGUCUUUCAACGCACACCAAACCUUUGUUGUCCUAUGCGUCAAGCUAGCAUCGACCCAGAGAAGGCCAAGAAGGAUAUAGAGAGACUACCAGAGAUAUUUGCCGAUCGAAACAAGACAUACGCCGGCUUCUUAUACGAGGCGCAGAAAGAUAUCAAGACUUUUGACCAUACCCGGGAAGAGCAGGAAGCAUUCUUGCAAAAGCUUUGGGAUAUGGGGGGCUUCAGGCUUCUAGCAAAUAACUAUGGCGACAUGCUCAUGGACCCCAAAGCUAACCGGGUAGUAUACGACUUCUGGGCCCGCAAGAUCCGGGAGAGGAUCACCGACGCAGAGAAGCGAGAUACCCUUGCGCCGCUUGAGCCACCACAUCCAUUCGGCGGCAAGCGACUUUCGCUCGAGCAGGACUUCUACGAGCAGAUGAACAAGCCCCAUGUCUCGAUCAUCAAUAUCCGGCAGAAUCCGAUCGACCAUGUUGUACGGGAAGGUAUCGUCACUGCCGAUGGGAAGCUACACCAAUUCGACGUGAUUGCCAUCGCUACUGGGUUCGACUCGUUCACUGGUGGGCUUAAGGAUAUCAACCCGAUCGGCGUGGGGGGUGCGCCUCUACGUGAGAAAUGGAAGGAUGGCACAUAUACGGCGUAUGGUCUUACUGUCUCUGGGUUUCCGAACUUCUUCUUCUUGUAUGGACCACAAGCGCCGACGGCGUACGCGAAUGGGCCAUCGAUCACGGAGCCUCAAGGAGACUGGUGCGUUGAUGUCAUGAGGAGAAUGCGGGAGGCUAAGAAGACACGCAUUGAUGCGACCAGAGAAGCGGAGUUGGAGUGGAAGAAGACCAUAAAUCAUCUGCAUAGCUUUACGCUGAGGAAUGAGGUCGACUCGUGGUAUAUGGGUGCAAACAUUCCCGGAAAGCCACGAGAACCUCUCAACUAUGCGGGUGGCAUACCGAAGUACCUGGAGACGAUCAAUGGUGCUGUCGAGAAUGGCUUUGAAGGGUUUGUACUCAGCUAA